GCAUGCGUCUGUGUUCAUCAUAACUGUGAUAUUCGCUACAUCGCCAGCAACGCGCCACAAACAAACGCGCUGCUCCGUCGCUGCUAUCAGUGCCGAUCGCGAGGCGAAUUGGGCAGCUGCAAGGAUCCGUUCACCUUCAACGCCACCGAUGUCGACAAGGAGCCGGGCCUCACCGCCAUACCCUGCGCCAGUGGCUGGUGUGGCAAAGUGAUCGAGGGUGGUGGCACCUAUGCCCUCGACGACUAUGAUCUCGCCAUACAGCGGAUGUGUGUGCAGCGCGGACCGGACGACAACAUGGAUCGAUGCGCGGACACAAUCUACAAUUAUAAGAAAGUUUACAUGUGUUUCUGCCAGGGUGAUCUCUGCAAUGGAGCCCAAGGCCAUGGGACGCAUCAGCGACUGGUGCUGCUAACAUUCGCUAUCUUGGUGCCUUCAAAAUGGUUUAUUCAUUUGUAAAAUGUAUUUGAAAAGAAAUGCUUGGCAUUAUUGGGAGUGGCAAUUAAAUCUAUACAAAUAUCAAACUAAAA